AUGCGGGCUUCGUCUCUCUUUCCAGGGAGGAGGAGGCCGCGGGAUUCACUGCGAGGGCCCGGGUUACUGGCAGCCACAGAGGAAGAAGGAGUCGAACGCCCGUCCGGCGUGCAGAACUUUAAUGUCUACAAUCUGACUGAAAUAAAUAAAAGUCACAUCCUGAAUUCAAGUAUUGUUCUUUCAGCUCUCUUGCUAGGAUCUGUAGAGCCGUUAAACUGUUCAGAACCAACAACAAAGUCUCUCCUUAAUGCCAUGAAAGAGGAAGUCAUCAGCUACAGCGAGGCAAGGCCGGUUAUAAGUCUGAAAACUCCCACCAACGUCAGUGUGGAUUUGACUCUUUAUGGCAUUUUAGGAGUGAAUGAAAAAUCACAGGUGUUGGAAACUUAUCUGUGGGUGAGGACGAGGUGGCAGAUUGAAGGUUUGAGCUGGGAACCUGAUGAGUGUGGAACAAAAAAGAUCUCACUACCAAGAGAGAAGAUAUGGGUUCCAGACAUUGUCAUUAACGAAUUCAUGGAUGAAAACCGAGCACCAGACACAUACUACGUCUAUGUCACCUCGACUGGUGAAGUUAUGGAUGGACGGCCGAUUCAUGUGAUCAGCUCAUGCAAACUGGACAUCUACACCUUUCCAUUUGAUUUCCAAAACUGCUCAUACACUUUCAACUCUUACAAACACUCUCGUGAUGAUGUUCAGUUGUUCUUCUUUCUGUCAGCGAAGCAGAUAUUCAAGCAGUCUCUUGAAGCAAUGACAACUAAAGGAGAGUGGGAGCUGAUUGACUUGCUGACAGAAAAACCUGUACAGCUCUAUCUGGAAGGAGGAUGGGAUAACCUCAUUGUUUAUAUUGUCUUGAGACGUCGAGCUACACUGUAUGUGGUGAACCUCCUGAUUCCCAGCAGCCUUCUCCUUUCUUUGGAUCUCUUCAGCUUCCUCCUGCCUCUUCAAAGUGUGGACCGUGCUUCCUUCAAAAUGACACUCAUCCUGGGUUACACCGUCUUCCUGCUGCUAAUGAAUGACCUGCUGCCUGUCACAGGAAACAACUUACCUCUUAUCAAUGUGUUUUUCUCUCUCUGCAUGGCCUUGAUGGUAGCAAGUCUACUUGAGACUGUCAUCAUCACCAAUAUCUUGUGUGGUUCCCGUGACUUUCCUCCCUUACCUAAGUGGCUCAGGAUUCUGGUCCUGAAAUAUCUGGCUCAGCUUGCUUGUAUGAAGAAAUCUUGUGAAGAAAACUGUGAUGCAAACAGAUCUAAGAACACUUUCUACAAAAACACCAUGACUGAUAUUCCAAACAAAGGACAAGUUAGUGCAAGUCCAGUGAGUGUCUGGGAACAAUGUCUAGAGGAAAUGAAGAAGAUGAGUAAAGAUUUAUUGGCCAUCCGCCACCAAAUUGAAGAGCACUUUAGUAAUGACAACAGCACCAAUGAAUGGUUCAUGUUUGGUCAGGUCAUUGACCGUGUGCUCUUUAUACUGUAUACUAUCUUUAUCGUUGUGAGUUUAAGCACAAUUAUGGUUCUGUGGUUGCACUCGUACAGUCUAGACAAAAAGUCGUAGUAUAUUAUUGCCUGCUCUGUGAACUGAAGACACCACAUGUAUGAUGAGGUCAAUGGAGCCCAGAUUUAUUCCUGAUUUAAUGCAAGGGAUCAUCAACAAAAUACUCUUUAUAGGAGCUUUAAGUGUCCCAAUACUUUAUGAUUUCAUAGAAUUAUGUGACUUUUUUUUUUGCUCUAGAAUUUGAAUAUAUAUAUAAAAACUUAGUAAAUUAAAACUGAAUAUGACUGAAAUCUGUAAACUGAA